AUGCAAGGUCAAGGUACUUUUGGAGGCCUACCUGAUGGUGGAGAUGCAAGUGAUAAAACAAAUUGCGGUGGAGGAGGGUCAAGCAGAGCAAUUUUAAGUGGAAACCUAAUUAUAGUUGCUGCAGGAGGAUCUGGUUCAAAUGAUCAGUAUCGUGGUGCUCCAGGUGGCGGAAACAAUACCUACUUUUUGAAAAAAUCAAGAAAAAAUAUAUUUAUAGAGAAAUCAGAUACUACUUUUUUGAUGAAUUCCAAUUAUGGCGGUAAAGCAAUUGAUGGAUCAGGUGGUGGUGCUGGAUGUUUAGGUGGUAUGGGUGGCAAUGAUGGCACUUCUAUUACAUCCGUAGGAGCUAGUGGGACAUCCUGUAUAACUCCAUCAGGUGCAUUCAUUCUUGAAGAGAUAUACAAUGGUCAAAAUAAACCAAAUUUCGGAAAUGGAUCUGUCCAGAUAACUUAUGAUUACUUAUGUAUAUCUAAUUGUGUGGAUUGUGACGAUGGAUCAACAUGUAAUACAUGUGAUUCUUCACAUGUUAAAUAUAUGAAUAGAUGCGAUUAUCAAUCAUGCCCAAUUUCCACAUAUCAAGUCGGAACCGAAUGUUUUGAUUGUCCUGCACACUGUGAAAAUUGUAGUGAUAGCUCAACAUGCAACAAAUGUGUGCAAGGUUUCUUCAUGAAAGGAAAUGAAUGCGUAUCAUCAUGUGAUGAAGGAUUCUAUCAGGACAAGAUAAAUCGAGUUUGCGCUGCAUGUUCAGUUUCAAAUUGCAAUAGUUGCUCAUCUAAACCUUCUGUUUGUGAUGCAUGCAAUAAUCCAUUUGUUUUGUAUAAUAACAAUUGUGAGGAAAAGGAAUGUCCAUCUCAUUACUUUAACCAUUCAUUUAUAUGCUAUGAAUGUAGUAUGAAUUGUUUGAACUGUUCAUCAAAAUACGAAUGCACAGCAUGUAGAUCUUCAAGCUUUCGAAUUAAUAAAAGUGGGAAUUGCACAAUACUCAAAACAGAAUCAUAUAGAAAUCUUAUGGAAAUUCAGAGUUUUUCGCGAAGAAUACAAAAGAAUAGAAACAAUUGA